GGCUUAAAUAAUCCUAUUCCCAACCUUUCCAAACAUUGCACGGAGUUUUACUGAAUAUCUUGCUAAUCAUCCAGUGCCAUUUUUAAGUUCCUUUAAUCAACAGCCUACAGCGUCACCUAUACCAUCAAAUAUGCCUUCAUCUUCUAUAGAAUAUGAUCCGUUACUACAGUUUAAACAAGAAAAUGAUCAUUCAAAAACAGGUCUACAAAUUAGAGUGUUGGGUGUACCUCAAACCGGUGCAAAAUCUAGAGUCGAAACACAAAUUAAAUUAUGUAUACAAUUAGUAACAAAUGGAGGCGAUAAAGCUCAAUGGUGGUCACAUUUGAAAUUACCAGAACAUAUGGUGACUAAAGAUAAAUUAAAGAAAUCUGGUAUAAAUCGAUUCAAUAAUAGUACAGCAUCAGAUACUGGAUUGCCUAUAAACCCCGAAAAGCUCCUAUAUCUACAAGCAAGAGUGUUAUGUGCCAGUGAUCCGUCAAAAAAAGUAACUACCUGCUUUAGUUGUAUUCAAAGAGAGCGUAAAAGAUCUCAAAGAAGAAAAGAAAAUAAACAGCAACAGAAUAAUGAUGAGAUAGAAGAUGAAAAAACUGAAGAUGAACAAGCGGCAACUUCAGAUGAGGAAAGGAUUCUAUUAUUUAAUUGUUCUGAGAUAGUUGAUUUUAGUGCUGGUGACACUAUUCUGCCGACUCGUAUUACUUGUUAUUGUAGACAUCAUAAUGAAAGAUUAGGUUUUUGUAUAUAUUUUGAAAUGUUAGAUCAUACAGGAAAGAAAGUAGCAGAAGGAAUUUCACCAGCAAUUAUGAUUACAGAUGAUCAUAAAUCAAAUAAAGUAAAGGCAGGAUUAAAACGGCGUCGUACAGAGAAUGAAGUAGUACCAGAAUUAAAAAUACCUGCACUAAGUUGGAUAAAAUCAUCUUUACCAUUUGUUAAUAAGUUAGAUACUGUUUCUCCUUCUUCCUCUACUACUACGACUACGACUACUACUACUACAUAUAAUAGCAACAAUUACUCUCCUUUGUCCAAUAUAGAUGAUACAAAACCUCUAUUAAAAUCUAUGCUGCCAUCUACUGCUCUUAUCCAACAACAACAACAACAUCCAUCACAGCAAACAACAACAGGAUCACAGCAAUAUUUAUAUCCACUAAACAACAGUAAUAUGUCAUCUAUACAACAACAACAACCAUCUUCUUCUUUACCGCCUAUAAUGAAACGAUUAAUACCAAAUGAAGCACCUACAAAUGGAGGAAUUGAGAUUACAAUUUUAGGUGCAAACUUUUGCCCUGGCUUGACAGUUAUGUUUGGUGAUAAACCUGCUACUAAUCUUCAAUAUUGGUCUCCCAAUACACUCAUUUGUACAUUACCUCCUGCAACGCAACCUGGUGCAGUUGUCGUAUCAUUUAAAGAAUCGCCACCCACAGAUAAACAUAAUAUUAUGGUCUUUACUUAUUCAGUAGAAACGGAUCGUGCUUUAAUGGAAUUGGCACUUCAAGUUGUAGGAAUGAAAAUGACAGGUAUUGUUGAGGAUGCGAGGAAGAUUGCUAUGCGUAUUGUUCAAGGAAAUAAUAAUAAUAAUAAUAAUAAUUCGACUGGCAAUAAUCAAUUGUUUGUUUCAAAUAUCAAUUCUUCUGAAGAAGAAAAUAGAAACUCUCACUCAUCAAAGUUGAUAGUAAAAUCAGAGCCAACUGAAUAUAAUUUAUCUUGAGCGAAAAAAAAAAAAAAAAAAAAAAAAAAAAAAAAAAAAGACAUACCUCCUUUUAACUGCUGAUCUCCUAUAUUAUGUACAAUUAUAACCUGUAUAUUCUAUAUAUCCAUGCUCAUCUUUUAUUUAGCAUAAAUCGAAUAGUCUGUAUAUAUGUAUAUACAUAAACAUAAAUGUUUAUAAAAACAUAACAUAUGUAAAUUAAUAUUAUUUUAUUACUAUUUUGUUUUGCUUAGUAUGUAUGCA